AUGCGCGAGGCCGCGCACAUCGUAGCAGAGCACGCCUAUCCGCCGCGCUCGCUGGAGCAGGCGGCGCGGAAGCGCGACUGCACGGAGGGCGUCUCAAAACCGCUGGGUGCAGCUGGCGACGGGACCGGCGCCUCGGACGGACGCGGCGGCUGCAAGUCUGCCGUCCCUCCCGCGCGCAUCUCCACGCUGGACCUCCCGCGCACGCAGAACACCGAGCCCCUCCAGUCCGCGCGGCACGCCGGCGGCGGCCCGAGCGCGCCCCCGCGCACUGCGUGGGCGGUCGGCGGCUCCGAGGCCGGGCAGCCGGCGGCGCCGCUGGGCCCGCCGGCGUCCCCCGGGCGCGUCGCGGCGCUGGAGAGGGAGAUGCGGGCCACGCUGGGGUCGAUGGCGUCGUUCAACGAGGACGAGAAGGCGCUGCUGCUGCGGGCGUUCCGACUGCGGGAGCGCAGCCUGCGGCAGCGGGGGAUCUUCCAGCCGCCCGGGCUGGCGACGGAGCGGGACUUCCGGAAGGUGUGGGCGACGUUCUCGGUGGAGGUGUCGCGCGAGGACGUGGUGGCGCUGUUCCAGCGGUACGGGUGCGACCGCGAGGGCCGGCUGCCGUACGACGUGUUCGCGCAGACGAUGUUCGGCUCGCGGACGCGGCUGAUCGGGCUCGAGCCGUCGCACAAGGGCCCGUUCAAGGCCGGCGAGGACUACUCGUUCCGCGGCCAGUUCAAGUACCGCUUCUGCCGCAAGGCGGUCUACACGCCGACGGACUGGGACGGCGCGCUCGGGGCGCGGUCCGCGGAGCUCCCGGGGCCCGGGCUGGAGCUCGAGCACGUGCACGGGUACGCCGGGAUCGACGGGACGGCGAGCAACCUGUUUUACAACAAGGCGGGGCACGCCGUGUACUACUGCGCGGGCGUGGCGGUCGUGCACGACAAGGACGAGAACCGGCAGCGGUUCUUCCUGGAGCACAACGACGACAUCAAGUGCCUCGCGAUGCACCCCGACCGCGUCCUCGCGGCCACGGGGCAGGUCACGCCCAAGUACGGCGCACCGUGUGUGCUGGUGUGGGACACCACCGGCGCGCCGCCCGAGACGCGGCAGCGCAUCGACUUCCCGACGGAGGAGGGGUACGGCUACCGGCAGAUCGUCGCGGUGCAGUUCAGCCCGUGCGGGCAGCGCCUCGUGGUAGUCACGGGCGACGACCGGCACACGGUCCACGUCUUCGAGUGGGCCUCGGGCGCGCUGCUGUUCGAGGGGAUCGGCCACAACGGCGCGCCGCCGCAGGUGUUCGGGGCGGUGUGGAACCCGUUCCCGCGCGAGUCGUUCCUCGACCCCGCGCUGCCGGCGACCGGCACGCUAUCCAAGGCGCCCGCUGCGGGCCCAGAUAUGUUCGUCACGUAUGGCGUGAAGCACUUGAAGAUAUGGAUCCGCGGACCGGACGGAAAGGGGCGGGAGACGUACGCGAGCCAGCACGGGAAGUUCGGGAAAGCACGGGUCGGCGACGUUCUGUCCGCGUGCUUCCUCCCGCGCGGCCUCCUCGCGACGGGCACGCAGUCCGGCGCCAUCCUCCUCUGGGACAUGGGCGCCACCAACACCCCCCACUCCUUUGGCUGCUGUGUCCGGAUCGAGGCCGCGCACUCCCCGGGGCCCAAGGCGCGCAGCCCGUUCGACGGGCAGCUCACCCUGCAGGGCGUCCGCGGCCUCGUGGUGCGCAAGGGGUGCUCGGAGCUGGUGUCGGGCGGGUCGGACGGGCAGCUCAUUGUGUGGGACCUGCUCGGCGGGAGGCUGGGGCUGGGGCGGCCGAUGAAGGGGAUCCGGUUGGACGACGUGGGCGACAAGAUGGUGCCGUCGGUGCGCUCGCUGGACGCGCACCCGGUGUCCGGGUCGCUCCUGGUCGGGACGUCGGCGUGCGACGUGCUGGAGGUCCCCGGCGACGGCGACGAGGCGCCGGCGCCGCUCGUGGACGGGCACCGCGCGGACCUGCACCACGUGGCGUUCCACCCGAAGCGCGGGCACAAGUACGCGACGGCGUGCGAGUCCGGCGUGGUGUCGUUCUGGGACGCGCGCCGGCGGCAGCUGCUGGCCAAGGUGAACAUCGGGCUGCCGGCGUGCGCGGUGGACUUCUCGCCCAACGGCCUGCACCUCGCGAUCGGGUGCGGCGAGGGCUCGGUGCGCGUCCUCGCCACGUCGGACCUCCGCAAGACGCUCAAGGCGGCCCGGCACUGCAUCGAGGCCAUCCACGAGGUGCGGUACUCGCCCGACGGCGCCAAGCUGGCCGUGGGGUCGCACGACAACUUCGUGGACGUGUACGACGUCGAGCGCGGGUACGCGCGCCUCGCACGCUUCGCGGGGCACUCCUCGUACGUCACGCACAUCGACUGGAGCGCGGACUCGCGCGUGGUGAUGAGCAACUGCGGGGCGUACGAGCUGCUCUACUUCGACGCGGCGACGGGCCGGCAGGUCAAGGGCUCGCAGCGCGACACGCGGUGGGCGUCGUGGACGUCCGUGCUGGGGUUCCCGGUCAUGGGCGUGUGGCGCACGGGCGAGGACGACACGUACGACGGAACGGACAUCAACGCGCUGUGCCGGUCGGUGCUGGCGCCGCCGGGCGGGCGGGACGCGGGGGAGUCGGCGCGCGUGGUGCCGCAGCCGGACACGCUCGCCGGGCAGGGCGCGGUGGUGGUGACGGCGUCGGACGACGGCAUGGUGCGCAUGCUCAACUACCCGUGCGUGGUCGAGAACGCGCCGGCGCGGGAGUACCGCGGGCACUCGAGCCACGUGACGUGCGCGCGGUUCUCGCCGAACAACGGCUGGGUGGUCACCACGGGCGGCCACGACCGCGCGGUGUUCCAGUGGCGCGUGCUGCCCCGCGCGGACCCCCAGGCGAAGCGGCGGUCGCUCGGGCCGAACGCGGUGUGGGAGCGGCCGGAACGGAUGCUGGUGGAGCCGUCCGUGCCGAUUCCGGGCGACGACGGCGCCGCGGCGAAGCGCGAGAGGAAGCUGCCGGGUCCGCGGCACAAGAUGGAGCGCGGAGAGGCGGAGUACGACAUCAAGGUGUACACGUCGGACAUCCGCGGCGCCGGCACGGACGCGAACGUGUUCUGCAUGAUCUACGGCGAGCACGGGCAGACGAUGGAGCUGCGGCUGGACAACAACAAGAACAACUUCGAGCGCGGGCGCGAGGACGUGUUCACCGUCAAGGCGCGCGACGUGGGGAAGCCCGCGAAGCUGCGCAUCGGGCACGACAACAGCGGGAUGGGUCCCGGGUGGCACCUGGACCGCGUGGAGGUGCGCAACCGCGGCGAGGGCCCCACGGCGCCGCUGGUGACCUUCCAGUGUGGGCGGUGGCUCGCGACGGACGAGGACGACCGGCAGAUCGUGCGGGUGCUCGCGGCGGACGGGAGCGGCGUGAAGGCGUGCAAGUACCGCGUGGUGGUGCACACGUCGGACAUCAAGGGCGCCGGCACGGACGCGAACGUGUUUUUGACGCUGUACGGCGAGGGCGACGACGGGUCGUUCGGGCCGGUGCGGCUCGACAACUCGAAGAACAACUUCGAGCGCAACAUGGAGGACGUGUUCGAGGUGGAGUGCAUGGUCCAGGACAUCAAGUACAUUCGCAUCGGCCACGACGGGUCCGGGCUGGGCCCCGCCUGGCACCUGAAUGAUGUCAUCAUCUCGUGCCCCGGGAAGCCGACGCUGACGUUCGACGCCGACCAGUGGCUGCCGGAGGAGGACGGCGGGGACACGUACGUCGUGUUGUCGCCCGAGGGCCGCGACAAGCCGCCCGUGCACACAUACAAGGUCGAGGUCUUCACCACCGACAUGCGGGGCGCCGGGACGGACGCCAACGUGCACCUCGUCAUGUUCGGGGAGAACGGCCGGCAGAUGGGGCCGACGCCGCUCGACACCAGCAAGAACAACUUUGAGCGGGGCGCGCACGACAUCUUCCUGCUGAAGAGCCCCGACCUCGGGGCGCUGCACGAGAUCGAGAUCGGGCACGACAACAAGGGCCUGGGUCCCGGGUGGCACCUGAGCCAGGUGGUCAUCACGAACACCACCACGCAGGCCCGGUACAACUUCCCGUGUCACCAGUGGUUCGACCGCAAGGAGGGCGACGGCCUGACGCGCCGCCGCCUCCAGGCGAGCGACGCGGACUCCGCGAUGACGACGUACACGGUGACGGUGGUCACGUCGGACCUGCGCGGCGCGGGGACGGACGCGGGGGUCUACAUGGAGAUGCACGGCAAGGACAAGGACGGCGGCGAGGUGGUGGUGCCGCGGCAGACGCUCGACACGUCGAAGAACAACUUCGAGCGCGCGCAGGUGGACGUGUUCAUCCUCCCGCAGAUGCCGAACACCGCGGAGCUGACGCACGUGAUCGUCGGGCACGACAACAAAGGGUUGGGGCCCGGGUGGCACCUGGACCACGUGGAGGUCGUGAACGAGGCGACGGGGCUGCGGCAGUACUUCGACUGCCGGAAGUGGUUCGACAAGAAGGAGGACGACGGGCUGAUCGAGCGCAAGCUGGACGCGAGCAAGGGGAGCGCGGGGUUCGACGACAUGGUGCCGUAUCGGAUCGUGGUGCAGACGUCGGACGUGAAGGGCGCGGGGACGGACGCGGACGUCGAGGUGGAGCUGUUCGGGAAGAUCGAGAAGGACGGGCGGCUGGUGGCGCGGUCGAGCGGGAAGCAGAAGCUGGACAACGGUGGGAAGAACAACUUCGAGCGCGGGCAGCGGGACGCGUUCACGAUCGUGUGCCCGAACCUGGGGAAGCUCGACCGGAUGUGGAUCGGACACAACAACAAGGGGCUCGGGCCGGGGUGGCAUCUCGCGAACGUGGAGGUGACGUCCGUCUCGACUGGCACGCACUAUGUGUUCCCGGCGUACCGCUGGCUGGACACGAAGGAGACGCCGUACUCCACGGACGCCCUCCUGUACCCCGAGGGGUCGGACGAGGCGGCGACGCGGCCGCACAGGUACCGCAUCGUGACGCACACCAGCGACAUCCGUGGCGCCGGCACGGACGCCGGCGUGUCGGCGCAGAUCCACGGCACGGAGGGCGUCACGCGCUCGAUGUCGCUGCACACCCGCGGCAAUCCCUUCGAGCGCGGCAACCGCGACGAGUUCGUGAUCGAGGCCGCCAACGUCGGCGAGAUGCAGAAGCUCACCAUCGGGCACGACAACCGCGGGCUGGCGUCGGCGUGGCACCUCAGCCACGUCGAGGUCGACGACCUCACGACGGGCCAGCGCUGCAUGUUCUUCUACGGCGGCUGGCUCGACAAGACGAACGGGCUGCAGGUGACACUGGAGCCCACGGGCGACGUGGGCGCGGAGCAGCCGCGGCGGUACCACGUGCGCUGCAAGACGGCGGACAAGCGCGGCGCGGGGACGGACAAGGACGUCACGGCCUUCCUCGUCGGCGAGGACGGCACGCGGUCCGAGGCCCUCGCGUUGGAGAAGUCCAAGAACGACUUUGAGCGCGGGCAGCUGGACGAGUUCCUGGUGGAGCUGCCGCCCGGGACGGAGCUGGGGGAGCUCAAGGAGGUCGACAUCGGGUUCGCGGAGAAGCAGUCGGUGGCCGGCGCGCUGGGAGCGCUGACGGGCAUGGCGUGGGGGCUGGAGUACGUCGAGGUGGUGGACAUGCAGUCGAACGUGACGUACUUCUUCCCGAACCGGCACGGGUGGCUGGACAAGAAGCAGCAGCGCGUCGUGCUCCCGCGCGGCCUCCCCGGGGAGGAGGCGAAGGCCCGGUUCAAGGUCGUGGUCACGACGUCGGACAUCCGGGGCGCGGGCACGGACGCGAACGUGGCGCUCAACCUGUUCGGGGAGCACGAGGACGGCACGAAGGCGGUGUCCGGUCCGCUGCCGCUGGACUCCGGGCGGCGGAACGACUUCGAGCGCGGGCACAAGGACGAGUUCAGCGUGGAGAGCGUGCCGCUGGGGGAGAUCGUGCGCGCGGAGCUGAGCAAGGACGAGUCGGGGCUGGGGUCGGCGUGGCACUGCGAGAGCGUGGAGGUGACGGACCUGCAGACGUCGCAGGUGUACUUCUUCCCGUGCGGCAAGUGGCUGGAUGGGAAAAAGGACCCCAACUCGCUGACUCAGGUUCUGCUGCCGGAGGGCAAGGCCGGGGAGGUGCUGUACGACUACGUGGUGACGGUGUACACGUCGGACAUCCGCGGCGCGGGCACGGACAGCGACGUGACGAUGGAGCUGCGCGGGACGCAGGCCAUGUUUGGGCCGCGGCGGCUCGACAGCUCCGAGAACGACUUCGAGCGCGGGCGGAAGGACGUGUUCCACGUGGAGGGUCCGGACGUGGGCGACGUCGAGGAGCUGGUGAUGGCGACGAACAACAAGGGCAUGGGGGCCGCGUGGCACCUGGACUCUGUGGAGGUGUUCCAUCCGCUGCAGAAGAAGUCGUACUUCUUCGUGUGCAAGGACUGGCUCAAGUACGACAAGACGACGAAGAUGGACGGGUGCCGGAAGGUCCUCAAGCCCGGCGAGGGCCCCAGCGGCGACAAGAAGCGCUACCGCGUGGUGACGACGACAUCCGACCUGCGCGGCGCGGGGACGGACAGCGACAUCUUCGUGACGGUGUACGGCGACAAGGGCGACACGGGCGAGCGCGCGCUGGACGCCGGCAAGGAGGCCUUUGAGCGCGGCAACCAGGACACGUUCUUUGUGGACGCGCGCGACAUCGGCAAGGUGCAGCGCCUCAAGGUGCGCAGCAACGGCAAGGGCAUGGGCGGCGCGUGGCACCUGAGCACGGUCGAGGUCACGGACCUCGCGGAGGGCGCGGCGACGCUGUUCUCGUACCGCGACUGGAUCGACAAGAAGAAGGGCCUGACGCAGGAGCUGCUGCCCGACACGGACGGCGACGGGGCCGGGGACGACGUCGGGGCGCGGGGCCGCAAGGACUACGACGUGCGCGUGUACACCUCGGACAAGCGCGGCGCCGGCACCGACGCCGACGUGCACGUCAGCCUGAAGGGCGACUGGGGGUUCAUCGGGGAGUCGAUGCUGCCGGCCAAGGGCAAGGCGUUCCAGCGCAACAAGCGCGACGAGUUCACGAUCUCCGGGACGGACUGCGGGACGCUGCAGGAGCUGGGCGUGCGCAUCGAGGGCGGCGGGAGCUGGCACUUGCGGCAGAUUGAGGUGCUGGACAAGGCGACGGGGGAGCUGUACGCGUUCCCGUGCGACGAGGAGUUCGACGACGAGACACCGCAGCGGACGCUGAAGGAGGGGCGCGUGCUCGCGGCGGAGGCGGCGGAGGCGGCGGCGGCGGACCCGCAGCAGCAGUACCGCGUGCAGGUGUGGACGGGGGCGGCGGGGGGCGCGGGGACGGACGACGACGUGCUGGUGACGGUGGUGGACGCGGAGGGCAACGUGCUGGGCGGCGAGGCGCAGAACCUGGACGACAACAAGAACAACUUCGAGAAGGGACGCGAAGACAACUUCUUCAUAUCCGUGCCCGAGUCCAAGGGCCUGCGCGCGCCGGUGGCCAAGCUGGUCGUGGAGAAGAAGAAGCGCGGCAUGUCCCUCGGCGGCGACUGGCAGCUCGACCGCAUCGCCGUCCUCGACGUCGCGCGCGGGCAGCAGCUCCUGUGGAAGGCGCAGGGUGCGUGGGAGGGCUGGUUCGGGACGAAGCACGGCGUGGUGCACGCGUGGGAGGUCGACAAGCACCUGCAGGGCGCCGACCAGGACCUCGAGCUGGUCGCCGGCGCGGAGCACGUCGGCGGCCCGCGCGGCGCGGCGCAGGCCCCAGAGAGCCAGCACGAGGGCAUUGAGGACAAGUACAGGAUCGCGGUGACGACGACGAAGAAGAUGGGCGCCGGGACGGACGCGGAGGUGUUCGCGGAGCUCGAGGGCGAGAACGGGCAGCGCUGGGAGCCGGUCCUGGAGCAGCGCAAGGAGCACUUUGAGUCUGGGAAGACGGACGAGUUCUUCGCUGACACUGACGUGGGCCUGGGGGAGUUGAGGAACCUGCGGCUGUGGCACAGCGGCAAGGGGCUGCUCGCGGGGUGGCACUGCGACAACGUCGUGGUCGAGCGGCUCAACACGGGCGAGGCGUGGCAGUUCGACUGCAAGUCGGACGUGCCGAAAGCCAAGUCGGCCAGCCAGGCCGGCAAGGUCAUACCGGCGAAGAAGAUCCGCGAGGCGCGCGCGACGGAGGAGGAGCCGCCGCCGCCGGUCAAGGCCGAGAGCCCCGCGGAGAGCCCCGCGGAGAGCGAGCGGCCGCGGAUCACGCGGAGGGAGAGCGUGGCCUUCGGGAUGGCGGAGCCGGACCCCGACGCGGACCCCGGGGAGUACGAGAUCGUGUUCAAGACGGGGACGCGCGAGGACGCGGGGACGGAUGCGCACGUGGAGUGCCAGGUGUACGGCGAGCGCGGGGGCUUCCAGCCGAUGCUGGACCAGAUCAAGCUGUCAUUCGAUCAGGGCUGCGAGGACACGUUCGUCGUCAAGUCCGACUGGGGGGACCUCGGCGAGCUCGUGCAGGCCAACCUGUGGCACGACGGGUCCAACGAGAGCCCCGACUGGUGGCUCGCGUGGCUGUCGGUGCGCCACCUGCGCUCGGGGCGCAUCUGGCGGUUCCCCUGCGGCAAGUGGGUCAAGGAGGGCCCCGACGACCCCACCGUGCUGUUCCCAAUGGGCGACCGGCUGGAGACGGUGCGCAGCACAGUGCGGCGGCAGUCGAUGGCACUCCGCGCCACCCAGACGGAGCAGGAGCAGGAUGCGGCCGCAACGAAGAUCCAAGCGGCGUUCCGGGGCCGCCGCGACCGGAAACGAGUGACCGACAUGCGGCGCGACAAGGCAGAGGAGGACGCGCGGCGGGACGCCGCCGCGACGACGAUCCAGGCGGGCUACCGCGGGCACCGCGACCGGAAUUCGGUCGCCGCGGUGCGCGCCGACGCGGACGCCGAGCGCCAGCGGGCCGCGGAGGACGCCGAGGAGGCGCGGCGCGGGGCGGAGGAGGCCGCGGAGGUGCAGAGGCAGAACGAGGCGGCGACGAAGAUCCAGGCGGUGUACCGCGGCAACCGGGACCGCAAGGUCGCGGCGGAGCGCCAGGCGGCCCCCCCGCAGGCCCCGCCGCCCCGGGAGGUGCAGGAGCAGGCAGCGGCGAAGAUCCAGGCGGCGUUCCGGGGGCAGCGCGACCGGAAGCGCGCGGAGUCGCGGCGGCAGCGGCGCGCGGAGGGGCGGUACGAGGGGUCGGACGACUCGUUUUCGCAGUUCAGUCGCGACACGUGGGAGGAGCACUUCCAGGAGGUGGAGGGGGUGCAGGUGCCCUACUACUUCAACAUCAUGACGGGGGAGAGCACGUGGGAGCGGCCGCCGGGGUUCGACUAG